AUGUUUCCGCAGCUUGCCACAGGUAUGCGCCGCCCUCCCGUCAGGAUGCGAAAUCCCGCGGGUAGCAUCUCCUGCCGUGGGCCUAAUCGGCGACGCCUUUGGGUCGGCAUCAUGGCGAUCCCGGGAUUCCCUCAAUUCCACGCUCUAACGGCCGAGUUCGUGUCCGACCAACUUGGAAGACUCCUUGUACAAUUUCACGCCAAUCAUAUUCAAGUGGUCAACGGGGCUCUUCAAGUCUACUUCUGGCAGAACGCCUAUCUUGCCGUGCCACCGCCUCUAGCCGCUUUUUGCAUCACGAGUCAAAACGGGCAGGGCCUCUGGCAGCCGGUACAGUGGAAUGCCAUGCUCAGCGCCUACAUUCUACCCUGGGGCCCCGUCUACCAUGUCGUAAUCGGCGGCCAGAUCUGGGAGAUUUUCUAUCCCCAGAUGCAGAUGGCUCGUCAAGCGGUUGGACCCGGUAAUCAUAAUGUUCCUGUCUGA